AUGGGAUUCCUUUUUGAAGAAACCUCAAACUCUAACCCUAAAACCAAAGUUGUUUUUGAUGAUGAUCAUGAGUUGGGUUUGAUGGCCGUGAGGCUUGCCAAUGCUGCUGCUUUUCCCAUGGUUCUCAAAGCUGCCCUCGAGCUUGGUGUCUUUGACACUCUCUACGCCGCCGCUAUGUUCCUCUCACCUUCCGAGAUAGCGAGUAGGCUACCAACCACGCCUCGCAACCCCGAGGCACCGGUUUUGUUGGACCGUAUGCUUCGUCUACUCGCUAGCUACUCCAUGGUCAAGUGUGGAACGGUCCAAGCCGGAAAGGGCGAGAGGGUCUACAAAGCUGAGCCAAUUUGCAGGUUCUUCUUGAAAGAUAACAUCCAAGAUAUAGGAUCCCUUGCUUCUCAAGUCAUUGUCAAUUUCGACAGCGUCUUCCUCAAUACUUGGGCACAAUUGAAAGAUGUGGUGCUAGAAGGAGGAGAUGCCUUUGGCCGCGCACAUGGUGGCAUGAAGCUCUUCGACUACAUGGGAACAGAUGAGAGAUUCAGCAAACUAUUUAACCAGACCGGAUUCACCAUAGCGGUCGUGAAGAAAGCUCUUGAAGUCUACCAAGGCUUCAAAGAUGUGAAUGUGUUGGUUGAUGUGGGAGGUGGAGUUGGUAACACUAUUGGUGUUGUUACUUCUAAGUAUCCAAAUAUUAAGGGUAUCAAUUUUGAUUUGACAUGUGCCUUGGCACAAGCACCUUCUUAUCCUGGCGUGGAACAUGUCGCCGGAGACAUGUUCGUGGAUAUCCCAACCGGAGAUGCAAUGAUCUUGAAACGUAUACUUCAUGAUUGGACCGACGAAGACUGCGUGAAGAUUCUUAAAAACUGUUGGAAAUCACUUCCUGAAAAUAGUAAAGUGGUUGUGAUAGAGUUAGUCACUCCUGAUAAUGCUGAGAGUGGAGACAUCAACUCGAACAUUGCAUUUGAUAUGGAUAUGUUGAUGUUCACACAAUGUUCCGGUGGAAAAGAGCGGUCACGAGCUGAGUUUGAAGCUUUAGCUGCUGAAUCGGGCUUCACCCAUUGCAACUUCGUUUGCCAAGCUUAUCACUGCUGGAUUAUUGAGUUUUGUAAAGAAAAUGUUUAA